UUGCAUUAGAAUCGUCAAACUUUCUAAAAUAACGGUACAAGAUGGCAGCAGCACCUGAAUGGCUGACUCACGAUUACAUUGAGCAUGCGCUAAGUUCAUAUUAUAAAGAUAGCAAUUUGCGUAUCGUGAAAUUGGAAGUGAAUCCCGCACUGGGACCCGGAGAGAAUUAUGGCGGUGUUUUGACCAGAGCUCGAGUGCAAUUUACUCUCUCACAAGAACCUGAAGCAAUUUUGAAGCAGAAUCUAAUUGUUAAAACCGCCAUUGAAGAUGACGAACUGACCAAGGAACUAAUGGAACCCUACGAUAUAUUUAAUCGGGAAAUGACGCUCUAUGAGGAAGUCUUGCCCAAGCUCACAGAACUCCUCAAGGAAACCGAUGCAUUUGAACCACUUUUUCCCACUGCUGUAUUUGUAGAUCGCGAACGCUCAGCUAUUAUCUUUGAAGAUCUAUCGGUAGCUAAAUAUGUUAUGGCGGACCGUGUAAAGCGUUUGGAUAAAGAACACGUCCAUCUGAUACUGCGAAAGUUGGCGAAAAUGCAUGCCACUUCAGCGGUUUUCAAUGAACGCAACGCUGGCCGCCUAGAAACUUAUGAUCGAGGAUUCUUCAAUCGCUACACAAAUGCUUACAGCGGAUACUUUGUCGGUGGUCUUUUGGCAGCCGCUCGAUGGAUGACCCAGGAACCAGAGUGUGCUCCAUACGCCCAGAAGCUGUUUGAGUUGGCUCCGCACUAUAUGGACAUUGGACGGGAAUGUUUUGAACCUAUAAGUGAUUCUGUGAAUGUUCUGGCACAUGGCGAUGUUUGGACCAAUAAUGUGAUGGUCAAAUAUGAUGCAGCAACUGGACGUCCAGAGGAUAUAUUGCUAAUUGAUUUUCAGUAUUCUUUUUGGGGUUCACCCACGAUUGAUUUGCAUCACUUCUUCAACACAUCGCUAAGAGAGCCAUUGCGUCGGGAGGAACAGGGUGAUCUCUUUAGUUUCUAUCAUAGAAUAUUCACAAAUACCCUCAGGCAACUGAAUUACAAAGCCCAUCCAAUUCCCAGCUUACAUGAAUUUCAAAUGCAGGCCGAGCAGAAACGCUUCUUUGCCAUGCACUCGGCAGUUGUUGUUCAACCCGUGAUGAUUAGCGAGGAUUCCACAGAUGCAUGUUUCAAUGCUCUAAUGAAUGAUGAUGAGCGCGGCAUUCGCUUUAAGAAUCGUCUCUACAAAAAUCCCAUAGUUCAACAGAAUCUCAAAGCUCUGAUGCCCAUGUUUGACCGCAAAGGCUUAUUAGAGGUUAAUCAAUGUUGCUAGUUAAUAAACAAUUAUAAGAA